GCUGCUGCUGUGAUCCAGGACCAGGGCCCACGGGCUCAGACUCUCAGUUGUCAGAGGCGGGGGAGAGAAGCAAAGCGCAGCGGUGCGGUCCAAGCCGGGGCUCCUGCUUCGCCUCUGGGACACACAAGGGACUCCCUAACUUCAAUCCCCAGACGCGCACCCGCGGAGUCCUGGGCUCCAGCCGGCACAUCGGCACAGGCGCGGCUGGCGGCGGGUCCCGGCCAAAGGCGAUGCGCUCAGGAGUUCGGGCAGCUGGGCUCGGGCGGCGGAAGUAGGGCCCAGCCGGGAGGCAGGGAGGCUGUGGAGUCAGAGCCGCGGGCUGCGCCCUAGGCAGAGGCGCCCUCGCUCCACGCAACACCUGCUGCUGCCACCGCGCCGCGAUGAGCCGCGUGGUCUCGCUGUUGCUGGGCGCCGCGCUGCUCUGCGGCCACGGAGCCUUUUGCCGCCGCGUGGUCAGCGGCCAAAAGGUGUGUUUUGCUGACUUCAAGCAUCCCUGCUACAAAAUGGCGUACUUCCAUGAACUGUCCAGCCGAGUGAGCUUUCAGGAGGCACGCCUGGCUUGUGAGAGUGAGGGAGGAGUCCUCCUCAGCCUUGAGAAUGAAGCAGAACAGAAGUUAAUAGAGAGCAUGUUGCAAAAUUUGACAAAACCUGGAACAGGGAUUUCUGAUGGCGAUUUCUGGAUAGGGCUUUGGAGGAAUGGAAAUGUGCAAACUUCUGGUGCCUGCCCAGAUCUCUACCAGUGGUCUGAUGGAAGCAGUUCCCAGUACCGAAACUGGUACACAGAUGAACCUUCCUGUGGAAGUGAGAAGUGUGUUGUGAUGUACCACCAACCAACUGCCAAUCCUGGCCUUGGGGGUCCCUACCUUUACCAGUGGAAUGAUGACAGGUGCAACAUGAAGCACAAUUAUAUUUGCAAGUAUGAACCAGAGAUUAAUCCAACAGCACCUGUAGAAAAGCCUUAUCUUACAAAUCAACCAGGAGACACCCAGCAAAAUGUGGUUGUUACUGAAGCAGGUAUAAUUCCCAAUCUAAUUUAUGUUGUUAUACCGACAAUACCACUGCUCUUACUGAUACUGGUUGCUUUUGGAACCUGUUGUUUCCAGAUGCUACAUAAAAGUAAAGGAAGAACAAAAACUAGUCCAAACCAGUCCACACUGUGGAUUUCAAAGAGUAGCAGAAAAGAAAGUGGCAUGGAAGUAUAACUCAUUGACUUGGUUCCAGAGUUUUAUAAUUCGGGAUCUGUAUAAGGAAUGGCAUCAGAACAUUAGCUUGGAAUGGCUUGAAAUCACAAAGGAUCUGCAAGAUGAACUGUAAGCUCCCCCCUUGAGGCAAAUAUUAAAGUAAUUUUUUAUAUGUUUAUUAUUUCACUUACAAAAUAUACUGUGCUAGUGAUGGAGUGAGACAUGCUUAUUUUGCUGGAGGCACCCAAACAUCAAGCAAAUGAAAUGGACAAUGCAGAUCAAGUUAUUAUCAACACAUUGGGAUUACAUGUGUUAGAAGCAAUUAUUUUUAUUUCUUUCACCUUGCAUAAGUUGUAAUCUAGUUAAUGUAAUGUAUAUUGUAUUGAAAUUUACAGUGUGCAAAAAUAUUUUACUUUUGCAUAAGUGUUUGAUAAAAUUUAACUGUUCUAAUAUUUAUUUUUAUGGCAUCUCAUUUUUCAAUACAUGCUGUUUUGAUUAAAGAAAUUUAUUACUGUUAUCAAUGGAAUUCACACACACACAAAUGUAGUACCAUGGAAAAAGUUUGUUUUCUAGAAAUGAUUCAUCUUUCGGUUUCUCUGCUUUUGGUCAAAAGUCUAGGAAAUCUCUUCAGAAAUAAGAAGCUAUUUCAUUAAGUUUGAUAUAAACCUCCUCAAAUAUUUUAAUUAGAGGCAAGGAUUGUCUGAUUACAAUUGUGCAAGACACGUGCCUUAUAAUUAUUUUUAGUUUAAAAUUCAACAGAUUUUGUAAUAAUGUAACUUUGUUAAUAGGUGCAUAAACAGUAAUGCAGUCAAUUUGAACAAAAGUGGCAUACACAAUAUAAAUCAUAUGUCUUCACAUGUUGCCUAUAUAAUGACAAGCAGCUUUCUGAGGGUUCUGGAAUCAGUGUGGUCCCUCUCUUGCCCACUGAAACAAAGAUGGUUGUUUGGGGUUUUGGAUUGACACUUGAGACAGAUAGUUGCAGAGUUUGUCUAAGUUUCCCUAGCUGCAUUUAGCCUCUAACUAUAUUAGUAUACAAAGAGGUCUUGUGGUUGAGAUCAGGUGAAUAGUCACCAUCAGUGUGGAGAUAAGCACAGCACACAGGCAUUUCAGGAAGGAAAGGAACCACAAAAUUGUGUGAAAAUGGAUUGGAACCCAUCAAUGAUCACAUAUUCAUUGAUGAGAGUUUGCUUGAGAUAGAAAACGGUGGGUCCUUUCUGUCUCCUCUCCUAGUUUCUUCAAUGCUUAUACCUUGAUCUUCUCAAGAGAGAGUUGUAACUGUCUGUUCUUCGUAUGUCCCUGUGCUCCUUUUAAACAAAUAAAGAGUUCUUGUUUCUGAAGAA